CCAGGAAUAGGGGCGCAGAGGCUUCUGGGAAACCGGAAGUUAAUAACCGAAGCGGUUUCCUCCUCCGCCACUUCCAAAGUUUCUUACCCCUUGUCUCCUUAUCCGGCCCUGGAACUCCCUCUGCCGGGCGCCUCAAGCCUGGUGACUGGAUGCUCUGGCUUGUGACUAGAGAGAGCCGCUACUAUUAUGGAGCGACACUUGGAGACACAAGCCCAGGAAAAGAUGGCAGAGCUUUACCAGAUGGACUCACUGGGGCUACUUUGCUGCCUCUACAGGGAGCCUGCAGAAGAGCCUCAGGGAUGACCUUUGAGAGGGACAGACUCCCAGCCCAGGAGGCAGUGACAUUCCAAGAUGUGGCUGUGGAGUUCACGUGGGAGGAGUGGUGCCUCUUGUCACCUCCCCAGAAGGAGCUGUACAAGGAGGUUAUGCUGGAGAAUACCCGGAACCUGCACUCUGUGGGGCUUCCAGCUCCCCCAGAAGACAUGAUCUCUUAUAUGGAACAGAGGGAAUUCUCUUGGAUGCUGGAGCAAGAUGGCCUGAGCAGCUGCUGCCCAGAAGGAAAGAUUAGACCUGAAACGAAGGCGAAUCCAACAGAGAUGAGCCUUCCUGUGAAAGAAAUGAACCUACAUGGUCCUGAUAACUUUUCUUUCAAAGAAUGGUGUGUUCCAUCUCCAAAGUUAUCUCAUAUUGAACAUCAAAGAAUGCACACCAAGUUAAAAUCUAGUGAAAGUAAUCAGAGGGGAAAGACUUUUACAUACGGGUCCAAUCUUACUGGACAUCAGAGGAUACACACUGGGGAGAAACAUUAUGAACGCAUGCAAUUCAGUUGUAGUCACCAUCUUGUACAUCAGAAAAUGCACAUUGGGGAGAAACCUUAUGAAUGCAAGCAGUGUGGAAAGACAUUCAGUCAGAGUGACAUGCUUGCUGUAUAUCAGAGAAUCCACACUGCAGAGAAACCUUAUGAAUGCAUGCAAUGCGGAAAGACAUUCAGUCGGAGAUACCAUCUCACUAUACAUCAGAAAAUGCACAUUGGGGAGAAACCUUAUGAAUGUAAGAAGUGUGGAAAAACAUUCAGUCAUACUUCUAGUCUUGCUGUACAUCAGAGAAUUCACACUGGAGAGAAACCUUACGAAUGCAAGGAGUGUGGAAAGAAAUUCAAUCGGACAUGCCAACUUGCUGUACAUCAGAGAAUGCACACUGGGGAGAAACCUUAUGAAUGCAAGCAAUGUGGAAAGACAUUCAGUCGGAGUGACCAUCUUGCUGUACAUCAGAAAACGCACAAUGGGGAGAAACCUUAUGAAUGUAAGCAGUGUGAAAAGACAUUCAGUCGGAGUGACCAUCUUGCUGUACAUCAGAAAAUUCACAAUGGGGAAAAACCUUAUGAUUGCAAGCAGUGUGGGAAGGCAUUCAGUCGGAGACACCAUCUUACUGUACAUCAGAAAAUGCACAAUGGGGAGAAACCUUAUAAAUGCAUGCAAUGUGGAAAGACAUUCAGUCAGACUUCUAGCCUUGCUGGACAUCAGAAAAUGCACAUUGGGGAGAAACCUUAUGAAUGCAAGAAAUGUGGAAAGGCAUUCUGUCAGAUUUCUAGUCUUGUUGGACAUCAGAGAAUGCACAAUGGGGAGAAACUUUAUGAAUGUAUGCAAUGUGGAAAGACAUUUAUUUAUAGUUCCCAUCUUCUUGUACAUCAGAGAAUCCACACUGGAGAGAAACCUUAUGAAUGCAAGCAGUGUGGAAAGACAUUUAGUCGGAGUGACUUGCUUGCUGUACAUCAGAGAAUCCACACUGGGGAGAAACCUUAUGAUUGCAAGCAGUGUGGAAAAACAUUCAGUCGGAGUGACCAUCUUUCUGUACAUCAGAGAAUGCACACUGGGGAGAAACCUUAUGAAUGCAAGAAGUGUGGAAAGACAUUCAGUCAGAUUUCUAGUCUUGUUGGACAUCAGAAAAUGCACACUGGGGAGAAACCUUAUGAAUGCAAGAAGUGUGGAAAGACAUUCACUCGUAGUUCCCAUCUUGCUCUACAUCAAGGAAUCCACACUGGAGAAAAACCUUAUGAAUGCAAGGAGUGCGGAAAGACAUUUAGUCAGACGUCUAGUCUUGUUGUACAUCAGAGAAUGCACACUCAGGAGAAACCUUAUGAAUGCAUGCAAUGUGGAAAGACAUUCACUCGUAGUUCCCAUCUUGCUGUACAUCAGAGAAUCCACACUGGAGAGAAGCCUUAUGAAUGCAAGGAUUGUGGAAAGAAAUUCAAUCAGAGAGCCCGACUUGCUGUACAUCAGAGAAUGCACACUGGGGAGAAACCUUAUGAUUGCAAGCAGUGUGGAAAGGCAUUCAGUCGGGGAGACAAUCUUGCUGUACAUCAGAAAAUACACAUUGUGUAGAAACCUUAUGAAUGCAAGCAGUGUGGAAAGAUGUUCAGUAGGAGAGGCCAACUUGCUGGGCAUCAGAGAAUGCAUACUGGGGAGAAACCUUAUGAAUGCAAACAGUGUGGAAAGACAUUCAGUCAGAGAAACAAUCUGUACAACAGAGAAUGCAUGCUGGGAAGAAACCUUAUGACUGCAUGCAAUACGGAAACACAUUCAGUCGGAGAGACCCACUUGCUGUACAUCAGAGAAUUCACACUGGGGAGAAACCUUAUAAAUGCAAGCAGUGUGGAAAGACAUUCAGUCGGAGAGACAAUCUUGCUGUACAUCAGAGUUAUCAGAGUAUUCACACUGGAGAGAAACCUUAAGAAUACAAGGUUUGUGGAAAGGUGUUUACAUGUAGCUCCAGUCUUGCUAUUUUGUGAAGGAAAUUUAACCUUCCCCCUGUCUGGGGAAACAUACCUGACAUGAGCCUGGACUUGACUCAGCGGUUAGAAUAAACUAGAAGCCUUCCUAGUAUAAACAGAACUGAAUCAAAGAUGCCCAUGACCACCACUCUUCAAAAUUUUAAGAAAAUUGCUAGCUAGAGUAAUGAGAGAAGGAGGAAUGAAGGAAUAAGAAUAGGCAAUGAGGACCAAAAACGAUCACUUUUCCCAGGUGGUAUUUAAUAUACAUAAAGAAUUAGCCAAAAGGUUAGAAAAACAAUUAGCAACUUGAUCAAAGUUGUAGGAUAAUAAAUGGAAACCACAGAAUUCCUCUUUACAACCAAUGGAACAUAGGGGAGAUAUAGAAAUAGAAAUUCCAUUAAAAAUGACUGUAGACAAUAUGAAAACUACCUGGGAGUUCACUGCCACGAUAUCUACUACCCUAGAAUUCCCUGAAGACUGUAUCUUAAUCUAUCAUUCUUUAUUGGUAAAGGUUAGAGGGAGAGAACAAAGAUCACAUGACCACCUGGCUGGGUCUAAUUUAAAACUGUUUCCAUGCUUCCCAGGCUCAUGCUCCAAAGUAGCUGCAUUUGGCUCCAGCAGCUGAGCACAACAGAUGCCAGUGUGAGAUUAUCAUUCAAUGCUCCAGAGAAGGGAGAGGGACCAGUUGUAUGAAAUAAGCCCAUCAUUUGGAAUAACCCCUAGACAUUUCCCAGCCUGAUGAUCUUUGAUAAACUGCAUAAUAUCUUUGAACCUCCUCCCCAUCUUGUAAGAGGGAGAUGAUAACAACAGUGGUUUGUGGGCCUCAGAUGAGGUCAUACACAUGCAGUGAUUUCCAAAUACUAGAUCUUUCUCCAGGGAUGUCUAUAGUCUUGCAUUGUCAGGAUAAAAUAGCUUGGAAAUUCUAGUUCAGAAAUGUACCUGAUGAGUCGAGCUGAGUGAGAAUGGGAAAACUUUGAUUAAAAUUUUGAUUAAUAGUUUAAAGUAUUAACUAAAAACUGCUAUUUUUAGUAUUAAAAAGCCAUUGUGUGACUGGACAUUCCCUUUUGAGUUCCUGUUUUGACCUACCUUGUAAUAAUUAAAAAUAAUAUUUCUACCCGGA